AUUAUCUUCGUCUCUCUCCCAUAAUUUCAAAAACCGUUCUCUCUCUUCCCGAAGACCAUUCGAAUCCUUUCAGCCAUCAUGAACCAUCUUCCGCAAGCCUGGGGCCGUCCAAGGGACGACGUCUACGGUUCCUACGACCACUCACACUUCCAGACUGCCGGCCCAAACCAGCAUACCCAGAGCCCUAUUGUGACGGGUACCUCAGUCGUUGCAGCGAAGUACAAGGAUGGCGUGGUCAUUGCAGCAGACAACCUGGCUUCAUAUGGCUCGCUCGCCCGCUUCACCGAUGUCAAGCGUCUGCGGAAAUUCAACGACACAGUGGUAGUCGGUUUCGGCGGCGACGUCUCGGACAUGCAGUACCUUGACCGCCUGCUCAACUCGCUCGAAAUCCGCGAGAACUACUCGACUACCGAAGAUCCCCUGAAUGCGAAGAACCUGCACACAUAUCUCUCGAAGGUCAUGUAUAAGCGUCGAUCGGACUUCAACCCGCUGUGGAAUCACCUUCUCAUCGCCGGUCUAGACGGCCAGGCGAAACCAUUCCUGGCGAGCGCGGAUCUGCUGGGUACCACUUUCUCAUCACCAACGCUCGCAACUGGAUUCGGAGCGCAUCUCGCCCAGCCGAUAUUGAGGAGGGCUAUCCCGGAUGAGGCUUCGGUGCAGAAUGUCAGCAAGGAGGAGGCGGUGAAGCUGGUCAAGGAGUGCAUGAAGGUGCUCUUCUAUAGGGAUGCUAGGAGUAUGGACAAGUACUCUCUCGCCACCAUCACGAAGGAGGGCGUAGAGUUGAACGAGGAUCUGAAGCUGGAGAACCAGAGCUGGGCGUUCGCAGAGCAGAUUAGGGGCUAUGGCACGCAGACGGCGUAAGCUAGAGGCUGCUCAAGGCGAGUUGAGAAAUGGCGAAUAUGUCAGCGACACGGCAGUCUGGAGCCCGCAAGCUGAACGUUAGACAUGAAUGUACUAUGCCACAACGUUAUAUCUGCGGAUUGGAAAUUCAUCAUUCGUAAGCAUCUUGAUUCUAUGACUCGACUUGAAGGCGUGGCAACACGCCAAUUAUAGUG